CUCCCAGCAUUGGAGGUUCGCGCCUGCGGUAUAGUGCAGGAUUCUAACCCUUUUCCUGGGCGGUCACCCUAGCAACGUCCUGCUGUCCAAUGCCCGCGCUUGUCUCGACAGUUGCUGGACAUCACGUGGUCCUGCUCUGUUUCCGCAUGACUUCGAGUGGCUCCAAAGGGUCUUCGCCAUUGCAUCCCAGAGGGACGAGCGCGCCACAGCUAGUCCGUUCCUGUGUCUUUUGGAGGCUGUUGUCACCAGAUUUGUCACCAGGAAAGGUUUAUCCAGCGAUAUUUCCCCUCUCCUUGAACUUUCUUGUCUUGGGUGUGGGUGAGAAAGCAGUUGAGUGAUUUUAAUGCCUUAGGAACUCCGGGGAGGGGUCAGGUGGGAAGUGAGAGGAUUUGCGUGAGGGAAGAGGAAGAAUUUGCUUUUCUGGAAGAACAAGUCUACACUUGAAUUUCAGCAGCGCUGAGGUGGAGUGUGUGUGGGUAGUUCGGGCUGGUUCCCAUUGCCGCCCCGGGAUGCUGGGGCGUGUGAGCUUUUGUGAUUUGGCCACUUUUUGAGUAGUUGUUGCUGACCUUCAAGGACGAGUUUAUCUUUUUCAUUCUCUUCCUUGGCAUAUCAAGACAUUGUUUUUGAGGCUUUGAUGGUAGCUGUGUUUGAUCAAAGAUGUGCAGCGUCACUCUUUUAUUGUAAAUACAUAAAUAAGGAAAAAGAAAGAUGUAGGUUGUGCAAGGUCUUUUGAGAACUUUGUUGGGGAUCGUUUCCCUCCUUCCCUACCUGGCUCUCCUGGAAUUCAGACUAGAGUUUUAAACUGGUUUAACAUUUAUAAUUAGUGAUUGUUCAGUGUAUUGACACAGUUUGUGUGUGUGUGUGUUUUAAAUCCUCGCUCGAGGAUACUUUUUACUUUUUUUUGCGAAAGAGAGAAACAUUGUUGCGAGAGAGAGAAACAUUGUUGCAAGAGAGACACAUCCACUGGUUGCCUCCUGCCCUCACCCCCACCCCUGGUGGGGCAGUACAUGACCUUGACUGGGAAUCAAAACCUGGACUCUCUGUUGCGCAGGUCAACGCUUUAACCACUGAGCAACGCCUGCCAGGGCGACAUCGUUUUGUUUUAAAACGUUUUGGAUUGGCCUGGCUAUUGUAAUCUGCCCUGUUUUGCUGUGCAUUCCUUGCAGUUUGUUUUCCAGUGAAAGGCCACUUUCAUCCCUCACCACUGUGAAAAGUUGAUGGCAAGUGAAUGCCUUGUACCUUGGGAGCAGAAUCUUCAAAUGACUUUUGAAAAAUGCCUUUGAAAUAUCUUUAAUGUCUAAAAAAGUCAUAAGAACUAGGUAGCUUUUUGGUCUUAUGUUGUCAAGAACUUAGAUUUUUUCUAUUGUAAAAUAUGUAUGAGCUUUAUUUUUAAGUUAACUCAUUUUGCAGGAGUUUGAAUUUAAUGGAUUAUGUUAACUAAUUUUGCAAAAUCUAAUUAUGGCUGAGCUCUAAGAAAAUCUUGUGCAAACUAAUUAUUUACCUUGUGGGAAGAAAUGAAAGGAAAACAAAGUUUAUGCUUUGCCUGCUAUGAACCAGAUAUGAUGCUGAUUGCUUAACUGUGUCAUUUGGUCUUCACAGCCCUGUGGAGUAGAUAUUAUUCCAGCUUUACAGAUUAAGAAAUUAAGACACAGAAAGAUUAAAUACCUGCCAAAAGCAAAAUAUCAAAUUUUGCAAUUUGGUCUUGGGCUUGAGUAUUUCUUAAAGCCCAGUUAUUUUUCCUGUGCCCUGGUACUUCAAAUUUGUUUAUAAUAAAUGGUUGCUAUAUCUGCAAUGUCCAGAUGCAAAGUGAAUCUGAUUUACAUGUUAUAACCCUGAGGAUUUGUUGCAUGUUACACAUGUGUUCCAUGAUGAAUAGUUGGGAGGAUGCUGUGAAUACCCAAAUAAUAAAAUAAUAGUAGCCAACAGUGGGUGCCUUUGCUAUACUAGUCAUUGUUCUAAGCAUUUAAUCCUCAUAACUCCAUGAAGCUUGUACUAAUUUCUGGCCUUUACACAAUGUUAUGGUUGUGAGAUUUGUCCUUGUGCAUAGCAAUAGUUAAUUUAUUCUCAUUGCUGUGUAAUCUUCCUUUGUUCAAAACAUCACAGUUUAAUUGUACAUAGCUUGUUAUUACUUGUAUCAGGAAAAAUAAACAUAGUAUAAAAUAAUAAAAUUUGGUUGAAGUUACAGCUCAAAUUAGAUAUAUUUUAUAACUGCAUAUUUCCCACAGUAUUAGCCUACAUUUAUCUAACUUGAGACUUAAUUCUCCCUUCAUUCUGACUGUCAUUAUGGUCUGGCUCUGGAUGGAUAAAUAGAAUUAGCACUCUCAUGUAUGUCCCCCUUCUAGUGCCAUGAUGCCAGCCAGGGUUCAAAUCCUUACUACAAGAUAUGAUAUGAUUGCAUUGCAUUCCAUGUUUUUUUCCUAUUUGCAGUUAAAUGACCCAGAAUCAUAACCAAGCCUACACAAUUCUGAAAGAUCUUCAGCUGAUAAUUUUAUAUACAUUUAUUUAGGUUUAAUAUGAAAUUUGACUAUGGAAGCAAUCAUAAUCUUAGAGCUGAAGUGACUUUAGGGAUAAUCUCAGCCAGUUUUCGCCAGUCAGAUGAGAAGGCGGUAUCUCAGGUGGUCUGCCCAGCCCACACCCUGGUGGAGACCCAAGGUGGAGCAGACUCCUGACUCACAUUUGAAGGCCUGCUGGAGUUCCUUUACAAAAGCAGUUAGGAAUCUUAGGAAUCAUGUUGCCUUGUUUCCAGCAUUUAACCUGUAACCUUUAAAUUGUGAAGCAUUCAGUUCACAAUUUGGAAUUGUGUUUGAUCUUGAUUCUCAUUUCUAUGCGUGGUCAAUGUAGUUCUUCAAGCUUUAAAGGUUUAUUCUAAAUCACAAACAGGAAAAUUCUAAAAUUCAACCAGGACUCCAAUUUGAGUUGGUUUGUGAGAACAUAUCCAUACUAAGUUUAUUAACGUAGUAUGUAAAGUAACAUUUUUAUGCAUUACUUUUCAGGAAUAGAAGGCUUAUCAGUCCUAGGUGACCAAGAAGUUUCACAAAUAAACCCUCCAGCAAGUUUAAAAAUAAUUAGGUCCAACUCAGAGAGGUGAAGUUGCUCCUAUUGCGCAACGAUGUCUAGCUGCUCCAGUGAAGUUGAUGUGGUACGAACUCGAAUCACUACUUGUGAUGAUGAUAAUGGCAUUCUUUAUGCAUAUCAAUCAAAGGCUAUAUAUGCCAAUGUAAAUCAGCAAAAUGUACAGGCUGACACAUCCCAUGAAGAGCACCGAAAAACAAUUGUGGAUAUCCUGAGUCGUUGCCAGGUCAUCCAAGAUGCUAUUCAAAAGCUGGAUAAGAAGUUUAAUAUCAUUCAUAAAAAGGUUGCAAAAAUUUACCGUUUUCGUACAAAAUUAAUCUGGCAAAAUCGGAAGCCACUUGGAUAUGCAUACAAACAUUAUACUUACCUGCUUUCUCGAAAGGUCAAAUUGCAGAAAAAGACGAAGGAUGUGUCUCUUCCUGCUUCAUUGUCUUAUGCAGCAAGUUAUAGCCCAACUACACCAGUAAGAAGACCAACAUAUGAUUCCCAGAGCAACAUUGCAGGAACAUAUGGCUCAUCACAGGAUUCCAUAAUGCGUGAUUACAACACUGAAGAGACGCGUCUUAGCCAGAGUCCAAAAUUCCCUCCCGUCUACACACAGGAAGAUCCACCAUAUUACGCUUCCAAUGAGCGAGUGCAGCGCUCCCCUUGCAUGUCCUCCUUUGGUAAUCAAGGGUCUCACAGCUCCACCAAUGUCUUCUCAGCUGCCCAAGCUUCCACAUCAGUACCUGCAGCUAUGCUGGAGCAAGGCAAAUCCAAUCUUGCAUACAACCCUGAGAUGAGGGCUUAUCCAGCUUUGCAGGAAAGGGAUUGCCUGGGUCAUGACACCUCAUCUUCCUGCAUCCCAGCCAUUGCCCCUUCAGGUUCAUCAGUUAAAACUGACCAGUGUGUGGUACAAGACUUCCCUGAUGACCCUUCAACUUGGACAGUAGAUGAAGUGAUCCUGUUUCUACAGCAUUUAAAUCCUGAGAUAUUCGCCCCCCUUGCCAACACCUUCAGGCAUCAUGACAUUGAUGGGUCAGCUCUGCUACUGCUCCCGAGUGAUAUUAUGAUAAAGUAUAUGGGAAUUAAGCUGGGGACAGCUCUGAAGUUGUGCCACUACAUCGAAAAGCUUAAAGCACACAAAGGCAUUGAUUUUUGAAAAAAAAGUUUGUGUCGAUUUACAUUAGACUUAAUUCUGGAAGACCAACGCCAUCUCGAUGUAAAAUCAUUCCAUUGCCCUUAGAAAUUUUUGUGUUGUAGAAGGUUCCUCUAAAAUUUUGUUACAUCUAGAAUUGCAGAACUACACUGCAGUUCAUUCUGUUUGUUUAGAAACUGUUUAACACAUUACUAUCAGCGUAAUCAAAUUAGUAAUUGGUUCUUUAUAUCUUUUUGUUAUCAUUGUAUAGAUAAAAAUAUACUUCAUAUGAGAAACACUUUUGAUUUCAGUUGAUGUUUAUAUAUAGAGCCAAAACAGCUAAAUCCCAAAGAGGAAGUAUCAGGGAUUGACAAGUUCUCUAAUAAAAUCCAUGAGAAGUUUUCCUUAGAAGAGAAUUCAAAGAUGCACCUACAGAUAUCAUCUCUUUCUCAAAUAUUUUGUGUCUGUUAUAACAGUGUUCUGUGCAUGUUCUAUCAGUUUUCUGAAAGGGAAUAGCCAUGUAAUUUAUUUCCCUUUUGCUAUUAUUUCUCUCUAUAUUGUAUUUGUUCAUAUUUAAAGAAAAAAGUAACCUUAUAGGAUUUCAUAAAGUGUUCUUACCAGUUUUUUGAUAAAUUAUAAGAUAGAAUGACUCUUUUAUGCAAUAACUCUUAUACUACAAGGUGGUUUGGGUGAAGUAUGGUUUUAUUCUUCUCCAUUAAAUUUACCUGUUAUUUUAAAACUUUAAAAUAUCUUGCCUAAUCUUAGAUAUUUAACUAGCAAUUUAUCACUCACAUUUCUCUCUGAAGUUUACUGUGUCCAAAUUUUAAAAAAAUGCAUAUUCAUAUAGAUACGGUUUUAUAUUUAUAUUUUAUUCUAUAGCUGAAGUAUGCACACAAGUGAAUUUUUUUUAAUUUAAAAUGGCACUUUCCACUUCUAUAUAUAGUGAGAUGUUUUUAUUCUGUAAUUAAUAUGUACUUCAUUUGCCAUCACAAGUACCUCUUAGCUCACUCAGGGUUUCCAUAAGGAAGUUCUCUGUCCUGUGUAGUAUAUCUAGUUCAUUUACUUUCUGAGCCAUUUAUUCUAUUAAACGUUGUAAGGUACAUUAGGUUGGAUUUGUCAUUUUAGACUUUAUUUUAAAAAUUAGAACUUUCAAGUAAAACAUGCUCAUUGUUAUUAUUUUGUUAUUUAUUACAUUGUUAUAUUGUAUUGCAUUUGCUGUAAUAUUUAUAAGCUAUAAGAAUUGGUGCUAACUGUAUUAGUCAUUUGUUGUAAAUGCAAUAAAUGUUUGCCAAGGGCCAGCAUGAACAUUUCCUUUAUAGAAAACCAAGUGUCCUUUACAUUUAAAAACAAAUGCAAUGAUUUAUUAGGCAUAUGUGAUCUAAAGAGUGGUUUGAUCUUUGUUAUUCCUUUUGUGUUAUAAGACAAGAUUCUAAUUUACACUUUUAAUCUCUCAAAUUGUUUGGGUGAAGAUGCUGUGUCCAGUUGAACAGUCCUCAGAUAUUUAUACAAAUACUAUGUUUUACAGUUCUCACUUUUAUUAUUUUUUAUUUAAUAUUUUUAUUCAGAAAACAGUUCUCACUUUUAAAAUAUAAUAAAGUUAAAUAACUGCAAAAA